AUGUUUUCUCCUCCCGCCCAGCCUAACCCUGCUCUCUCGCAGCCUGGAGCCCUUCCCUCUGGUUCCAUCUCGAAUUCCCUGCGAGAAGAGACCGGCACCAACCUCUCUGCAACCACCUUUUGGGCUGCCUGGAAUGAAAGCCCCUUCAGAAAGAGCAGAUCCUCAGCAAAUAACUUGUCCAGCAAAGGUCCUACCUGCCUGGCACGCUACAAAGAGCUCAACGCUUGCACCUCCUCACAGGGCAAGCCACACGAGAGCAAAGCCCAGCUCGGCCAUUCACCACCCAGGACACGCCGCGCUGGGAAGGGCCGCACGACGAUCAACACGCCUUUUAACACCCUCCGUUAUGAUUUUAAGCCAGCAUCGAUUGAUACAUCUUGUGAGGGUGAGCUCCAGGUUGGUAAAGGAGAUGACGUAACAAUCACUUUGCCACAUAUUCCUGGUUCAACUCCACCAAUGACUGUGUUUAAAGGAAAUAAAAGGCCAUAUCAGAAGGACUGUGUGCUUAUUAUCAAUCAUGACACUGGGGAAUAUGUGCUGGAAAAACUUAGUAGCAGCAUUCAAGUCAAGAAAACAAGAGCAGAGGGCAGCAGUAAGAUCCAAGCCCGAAUAGAGCAACAGUCUGCCCGAGCAUCUCAGCCUCCUUCACAGUUCAGAGCCCCAACCAAGCCAGCAGCUGGACCUAAAACUUCUCCUUUGAAAGAUAAUCCUUCUCCUGAGCCUCAGCUGGAUGACAUCAAGAGAGAGCUCAGAGCAGAGGUUGAAAUUAUUGAGCAGAUGAGCAGCAGCAGUGGAAGCAGCUCAUCGAAUUCAGAAAGCUCAUCUGGGAGUGAAGAUGAAAGCUCCAGCAGUGAGGGGGAAGAGCCAGCACAUGUUUCCCCUUCCCAGCCACCACACCAGCAGUAUAACAACAGGAAUGCUGUUGCUAACGGCACCAGCAGGCCACAAGGAAGCAAUCAGCUCAUGAACACACUCCGAAACGACUUGCAGUUGAGUGAGUCUGGAAGUGACAGUGAUGACUAGAGGCUGAGCUUUUGCUGUUUCUGUUACAUAUACAUGAAGAACUAAUUUGCCUUGAAGUGAUCCUGUUGCUUACGAAGAGGAGCCGGUGCAGAUAGUUCCAUGUGUGGAAUUUUAGUAGAGAAAAUGCAUAGUCCCUACAAAAUAGCAAUGCUGAGGGCUAUUUUACUUUGUGAAUUAGGUGUAUAUUUUGUGUAUAUUCUUAUUCUUUUAAAGCUUUAAAUAGAUAUGUACAGUGGGUAAGCCAAUGUAUGUUCUCAUGUUCCUGUCCAUGAUCUGUAAGUUUAAUGUGUAACUUCAUUAUGUCAUCUAAAAAUUUCUAGUUUGUAGAAGAUACUCAGCCCAUCAUGACUUGGGGGGUGGGGGUGGGGGGAAGAGCAACUUUUGUACAUAGGCUGAAUAUGAGCCAACAAUGAAUUUAAAAAGACAUGCAGGAGCUAAUGUGUACACUGAAGUGGGACUGUCAUAAAUUAAGUUUCGAUGCUAAUUUGAUUUCUUUGGUUUGGGACUUUUAAAAUGUAUUUUUAUUGCUAUUUAUGGCUGAUUUAAUUGACUUACUUUUAAACAG